AUGAUGCAUCCUCGCUUUGCUUCAACAAAAUCCUCCACUCCCUCAGCAGAACACAGCGAAAUAACUCUCGCUGGCGCGCCGGAUAUCACAAACCACUACACAAUCUUUCCUAAGACACUCCCCGCAGGCCCACCACCAGCCUCGCCCUUCGAGAUUUCGACCAAUGACCUGCGCCGAGAGUUCUUUCAAAUCCAAGGCCUAGUUCACCCCGACAAAUACCCCAACGGGGCAGAGAAGCAGCACGCAGAAGGCCUUUCAGCACGAAUCAAUGAUGCAUACCGAACGCUGAUGGAUCCGCUGCUACGUGCACAGUACAUCUUGCGCGAGUGGCAUGGCAUUGAUGUCACAGCGGAAGACGCAGCUACUAAGCAUGCCCUCGACCCGGAGACACUGAUGGAGGUUAUGGAAGUACAGGAGACCAUUGAAGAGGUUGGGGCCUCGGCUGAAGGGGAGGUGCAGAUCAAUGCACUUAAGAAGGAGAAUGACCUACGGGUUGUUGAAUGCGUGGAGGGCUUGGGGGCGGCAUUUGAGAAGGGAGAUUUGGAGGCUGCAAGGAAGGAAUGCAUUCGCUUGCGGUUUUGGUACAGUGUUGGGGAAGGGCUGAGGGAAUGGGAGCCUGGGAAUACCGAGAUCCGGUUGAUGCAUACUAGCUAA